AUGACCUCUAAAUAUGAGCAAGCGCUUGCGCGCAUUGAUGACGCACAUAAUGAAGACCCCAACAUCGUCUUUGUCGACUGUUCUGAAGUCCCAUAUGAGCUGCACUAUGCAAACAAAAUGACCAAAUAUCUCGAGCAAGACAAACCCUCUGCCUCCGAAAUCCUCAGAUUAGCUGUACGUGCUCAACAUCUACGGCGCUGGGAAGUCCCCAGGUCCUCUUACCCAAUGACCAAACCCGGUUACUUCGCCUGGAGGAAUACGUUGAAGAAUCGACAGGCAAACCUAGUUGAAGAGAUUUGUCGCAGCUGCGGGUAUGAUUCAGAUGAAGCUGAACGCGCUGCGGCACUAGUUCGCAAAGAUAAUAUGGAGCGGGAUGAAGAGUGUCAGGUUCUGGAGGACGUGGCUUGUUUGGUGUUUUUGGAUGAUCAAUUUGAGAAAUUCGAAAGGGAGCACGAUGAGGAGAAAAUUGUGGGUAUUUUGAAGAAGACUUGGGCGAAAAUGUCAGAGAAGGGUCAUGAAUUGGCUUUACAGAUUGAGAUGUCAGAGCGGGCAAAGGGGCUAAUUAUGAAAGCUCUGUCAUCGUGA